UCAGAUUCUAGAAUUCGUAAUCUCGUUACGUCUACGACCUUUCUCUUCGUCGAAUUUUCCAGAACCUCGUGGUUGUGAGUUUUAUUCCUGAACACGCGCUUUAGAACCAGUUUUGCUUUGUGCUGCGUCAGUGUGCAAACUUAAAAAAAAUCCGCGAGUUGUGAUCCCCGUUCCAGAAAUAUUGAUUAUUUCUGAGAACUACAACCAUGGUAAAAGAAACGAAAUUCUACGACAUCCUUGGCGUUAAGCCAGGCUGCACCCAGGACGAUCUUAAGAAAGCCUACCGAAAACUCGCCCUUAAAUACCACCCCGAUAAGAACCCCAACGAGGGGGAAAAGUUCAAACAAAUCUCGCAAGCGUACGAGGUAUUGUCCGACCCGGAAAAGAAACGCAUUUAUGACCAAGGGGGCGAACAGGCCCUUAAAGAGGGCGGCGUUUCGGGUGGUUUCUCCAGCCCCAUGGACUUGUUCGAUAUGUUCUUCGGCGGAGGUGGCUUUGGGGGUGGCAGAGGGCGACGUCGCGAACGUAAAGGCAAAGAUGUCAUUCAUCAACUUAAUGUUUCUCUGGAGGAGUUGUACAAAGGAACCGUCCGGAAAUUGGCUCUACAGAAAAACGUCAUCUGUGAUAAGUGCGAAGGCAGGGGUGGGAAGAAGGGGGCUGUGGAGACGUGUCCCACGUGUCGGGGGACCGGCAUGCAGGUGCAAAUUCAGCAGUUAGGGCCAGGCAUGAUCCAGCAAAUCCAGAGCAUGUGUUCGGAUUGCCGAGGCCAAGGUCAACGCAUCAAUCCCAAAGACCGUUGUAAGCAAUGCCAAGGCAAGAAAGUGACUCGUGAACGCAAAAUUCUCGAAGUCCACGUGGACAAGGGCAUGGUCGACGGCCAAAAAAUCGUUUUUAAUGGAGAAGGGGACCAAGAACCGGAACUGGAACCUGGCGAUAUUAUAAUCGUACUGGAAGAAAAAGAACAUCCAGUUUUUCGACGAUCUGGUUUGGAUCUCAUAAUUCGCAUCGAAUUGCAGUUGGUAGAGUCGCUUUGCGGAUUCCAAAAAGUAAUCAGGACUUUGGACGAGCGCGAUUUGGUUAUCACAUCGCUUCCGGGCGAGGUCACGAAACACGGGGAUGUUAAGUGUAUCAUGAACGAGGGAAUGCCGCAGUAUAAGAAUCCGUUUGAGAAAGGACGUCUUAUCGUACAGUUUUUGGUACAGUUUCCGGAUAAGUUGCCACCAGAGGUGAUACCGGCGCUGGAAAAUGCGUUGCCGCCACGGCCUGAAAUCAUGAUCCCAGAUCAGGCAGAAGAGUGUAUUUUGUUGCCGUUUGAUGUGGAUAAGCAAGAUUCGAGGAGGAGGCAGAAUAGGAAUGUUUAUGAUGAAGAUGACGAGAUGCAUGGGCCGGGACAACGGGUCCAAUGUGCGGCUAAUUAAUUUUCGAGUAUUACUAAGGGACUUUGAUAUAGACAUCUUGAUAGCAUAGACGAAAUUGUGUUAGUAGCCAAUUUUAAUAAGUAAUUGUAAUUAUUUAAACAUAAUAUAGGGACAGCAGCUGGUUCCGUUCUGAAUGUAUGAUGUGGCUUUAUGUAAUUGUUUACGGUCUUCUAAAUACUUGUAAAAUUGAUCAGUUUUUCAUGGUAUUUAUUUUUUUAUUUGAGGCGUCUUACCACGAUAUUUUGAAUAAAUGUUUCUUUAUGUUUAA